AUGGAAAUUGGGGAAUAAAAGAUACAUUGUGAUAAGCAUAACAAGAAAUGCUAUUUCAUCUGCAUAUAGAAGGAAUGUUAAGUAGGAAGAAGACUUUUGUGCACGAAAUGCAUUUCCAGCCAACUUCACAAUUAACAUAAACUAGUUGACUUUGAAGAUGCAAAUAAAUGGAUAAUAUAGAAAGAGAAGGAGUGCAUAGAAUAGCUAAGUGAGUAAUCAACUGAAAUUUGGAGGCAAUUCUCUUCAUCAAAAUAAAAAAUCAAUUGUCUACUUGAAUCAAUAGAAUUAAAUCUAAUCGCAAUACUUUCACCAACACUGCAUAAACUUAAGGAAAAUCUGAAAACCAAUAAUAUUUUCAAUAUUGCCCAAUCAUUAUCAGAUUUUAAUUUAUAGACUCCAAAAUAGUAAGAUUAAGUGAUAGAUUUGUAAUUUUUGGAAGAAAGGAUGAAUAAUUCCCUGUUAUUAUUGGAGGAGUUGAAUACUAAAGUGCAUUAAUUGGAUCAUAGAUUUCUUUGGAAAUAAAUCAAGAAUUUCAAUGGACAUGAUGAUGUGAUUUAUUCAUUGGACAUAUCUCCAGAUGGGAAGAGGGCAGUCACUGGAGGAGGAGAUAUGUAAAUAAGAUUGUGGGACUUGAUAAAUUAUGCUUAGAUUGGUAAUUCAAUUCAAGCUCACGAUGGGAUAGUUUGGUGUGUAGCAUAUGGAUAAAAUUGUAUUAUUUCUGGUAGUGAUGAUAACACAAUUAAAUAUUGGGAUGACAAAACUAUGAAGGUGAUAGAUGUAAAAUAUACAAAUGACCCAGUGUUUUCUCUUGAAUUAAAUUAAGAUUACACACAUUUGGCAUCGGGGAUAAAUAACUUGAUUGGUCUUUGGAAUCAAAGCGAUAGGAAGCAAAUUGGGAUAUUGAAAGGACAUACAGAUUAUGUGACUUCACUGUCUUUUUAUACUCAUUUUCUAGUUUCUGGAUCAAAAGAUAAAUCAGUUAGAUUGUGGAACACUUAGACCAAGUAAUUGAUUAAUAUAUUUUCUGGGAAUUAAAAUACUAUAAGAAGUGUGGCAUUUUCUAAAGAUGGCAAAUACAUAGCUUCAGGAGGGUAUGAUAAAAUAGUUAGAGUUUGGAAUCAAAGCACUAAUAAAAUGGUAUAGCAUGAUCAUGGAGAUAUUAUUUGGAGUGUGAGAUUUCUGGAUAAUGACACGGUAAUAACUGGCGGGAAAAAUGCUAAAAUUAAAUUCUGGAAUUUGAAUGAAAGUCAUCAAAGUGAUGUGUCUAUUGAAUGUGAAAGAGGAAUAAUGACAAUGUCUAUAACAACUUCUGGUAAUACUAUAAUUGCGGCAACAAACAAAGACAUUUGCAUUUUUGAGAAACCUAAUUGA